UGUUUCUUCUUAAACAGCUUCUUGAAUACGACAUUUCUAUUAAUUCUUGUUUCGUGACUUCACAUUUAUUUAGUCUCCUGAGUGAUUCAUGAUUAAGAAUCAAUUAUGAAAAUUUGCAAUUCAAGUUGCUUCAGUAGUUGAAAUGCAGAUUCUGUGUAUAAUCUACAUGUUAGAUGUUUGAAUAAUUCAUUUGGUGGCUUGUUUGUAAUAUACCAUGCACCCAAUUAUCUAAUAAUACAAAUAUCCAAGUCUAGAACGUUUUAAUUGCUAUAUGAAGGCACUCAAUCUUGUUUGCAUGCAAUGUUCUGGAAAUAAUUGGGUAAGAAAAUGAUUUUGGCUUGGUAUCUACGGAAACGACAUGAAACAUGUAAAUAGAAUUUUUUUUAAAAAUAUGUAAAAUAUGAAAAAUUGAUGGAUGAUUAGCAAGGGUACACUACAGCAAAAUCAAAGCAUUAAGAUUAAGAUUAAUUCAUGAAAACUGUAGUACUUUGUUCGUUCUCCGGUUCUUGAUUAAGAUUAAGAGUAAUUGUUUUUCAAAGUAGGAUUAUGUUAGUUAAUCACGAGCUAUAAUAUGUUGGUAUUCUAGUGCUUAAGCUUGUGAACUUUGUUCUCUGUUUCCACCCGACUUGGAUUUUGGAUAUGGUGAGUUGUUUUUGACAGUUUAGAACUACGUACUUUGGAUGAGAGUGGAAAGGACCGAACCAGGAUCUUCUUCUGUGCUAUCUUUAAUUUCAGAAGUUCCUAGAUGGUGAUAUAAUGGAGAAGUGGAACUAGAAUGAGGCAUCAGUCCUGAUCCAAAAAAUCAUAAAUAGUCAAAGGAGAGAAAGAACAUCUAGCAGCUUAAGUCCAAAACAGACUAAGGUUAAGCAAGGUACUUCUGAUGAACCUCUGUGUGAGAAGUAAUCUUCAGUUUCAGAAAUCAUCCGAGCAUCUAAUUCGGAAGCAAGACAUAAACAAAACACAAAUCGAAACCCGGGAACUCAAAUAAACCAGAGAAGAAAAAAAGCUCUAAUGGAUACUUCUCCUCCUCAACCAGCAAAUCCAGACGAUACACAGACGAACACUGAAACCCAAGAAUCUAACCACCUCCUAAUUAGUCGUGAAUCUACACUGUCUACAGACGAUGAAUUUUAUGAUGAUGACUUUCUCUCCAUCGACAUUAACUCUUCUCCUACUGUCAUAGAUGAUGAUGACAAUAUAACACCUCCAUUCUCGUGGAAGAAGCUGUGGGAAUUCACAGGCCCGGGUUUCUUAAUGAGCAUUGCAUUUCUUGAUCCUGGAAAUAUAGAGGGAGAUUUACAGGCUGGUGCAAUUGCAGGGUACUCAUUGUUAUGGUUGUUAUUAUGGUCUACACUGAUGGGCUUGUUAAUACAGCUUUUAUCGGCCAGGCUUGGGGUGGUCACGGGGAGGCACAUGGCUGAGAUUUGUAGAGAUGAGUAUCCGAGAUGGGCGAGCUUGUUGUUGUGGUGCAUGGCAGAAUUGGCUUUAAUUGGUGCUGAUAUCCAAGAGGUUAUUGGGAGUGCUAUUGCUAUUAAUAUUCUUAGUCAAGAUGUUGUUCCUCUUUGGGCUGGUGUUAUUAUUACAGCUUCUGAUUGUUUCUUCUUUCUCUUUCUUGAGAACUAUGGAGUGCGGAAACUAGAAGCUGUUUUUGCUGUUCUUAUCUCAACCAUGGCCUUAACAUUUGCUUGGAUGUUCGCAGAUACAAAACCAAAUGUACAGGAACUGCUAGGAGGUCUUUUGAUUCCGAAACUCGGUCGGAAAGCUGUGAAGCAAGCUGUUGGCAUUGUUGGUUGUGUAAUAACACCUCACAAUGUAUUUUUGCAUUCUGCUUUAGUACAAUCAAGGAAAGUAGAUCUAACCAAGAAAGGAUAUGUCCAAGAGGCUCUUAAUUACUACACAAUUGAAUCCUCCAUCGCUGUUUUUGUGACCUUCUUGAUCAAUUUAUGUGUUACAACUGUUUUUGCGAAAGGGUUUUAUAAUACUAAGGAAGCAAAUACUUUAGGGCUACUAAAUGCAGGGAAUUUUCUUCAAGACAGAUAUGGUGGAGGAUUAUUCCCGAUUCUCUAUAUCUGGGGAAUCGGCCUGUUGGCUGCUGGCCAAAGUAGCACUUUAACUGGCACAUAUGCAGGACAGUUUAUAAUGGGAGGUUUUAUUGAUCUUCGUUUGAAAAAAUGGCUAAGAUCUCUAAUAACCAGAAGUUGUGCUAUUGUGCCAACCAUGAUCGUAGCUGUUGUUUUUGAUAGAUCUGAUGCUUCGCUAGAUAAUUUGAAUGAAUGGCUUAAUGUGCUUCAAGGAAUGCAGAUUCCUUUCGCUCUCAUCCCACUUCUUGUACUUGUAGCUGAUGAUCAUCUCAUGGGAGAUUUUAAAAUUGGACGCUUUUUUGAGUGGAUUAUGUGGAUCGUGGCAGCCCUGGUAACCGUGAUUAAUGGAUAUGUUCUGCUAGAUUAUUUUUCCUCAGAAGUCAAGGGGCUGGUAUUUGGAAUUUUGGUUUGCAGUGUGAUUUUUUCUUAUGCCGCAUUUAUAUUGUAUCUAACCUCUCAUGGAAAUGCUCUACCUUCAACCUGGUUCAGUACACUUCGCUCCAAGAGAUUAGGCUACACUGCUCAAUAAACCCAAAGUAAGGUCCCAUAGUAUGUAGCAUAUCUUGUCUGCCGACUGCACUUGUCUGCCGACUGCAGAGUUUCCUACCAAAUUAGAGAGCAGGUUAACAUUGUAAAUAUGUGUUGCACUUUUCAAGGCAUAGAUUGCAGAAAAUGUGGAUAAAUUCACUGUGUGUAAAGAAGUAGAGUAGUUUUUCAUUGUAUAGUGUCUAAAUAUAAAUCAAAAUUUUGCAUAUCAGGUUCAUGUACUAAUAUUUUAAAAUUUUCAAGUGUUUUGUGGUAUAAAAUUGUACUUUUAAGUUGUACAGAAUUCUAUGCUAUUUGAACUCUAUCUGUAUAUCGAAU